CGUGACGCAACGCCUGCGUAUCCUCGCCACACUUGCGGUUCUUUUUUGUUCCCUUCUAACCAAACGAGCUCCUUCAAAUCAUUCUCAUCGGUGAACCACCUAAAUCCGGCGUCAGAACGCAGGGUGUGUUUGAGUUUAUCGCAGUGAAAGCUGUCACGACGGUCUGCCUGGCCCGGCCCUCUACGGGAAGCUGUGGCUCAAUGAGUGUCCAAGCUGUCUCGUCAACUGAUAGUGAAGUCAAUGCAAGACUUAAGAAAAGCACAUGAUUUUUUUCCCCUUCCCACCCAGUGUCCCGCAGACGUCACUGAAGAAGAUCGUCACCCUAAGAAACACCAUUCCAUCCACUUUGAACAGGAGGAGUCGUCAGAGAUGUUGUGUAUUAAACAGGAAGUGGAGCCAUUCACCCCCUACAUUAAAGAAGAAGAACAGGAAGAAAACAUCACCAAGUGUACAGUGACUGUCAGUGUGAAGAGCGAAGAAGGUCCAAGCGAAGAGAACGGAGCAGCCAAACUUUCGAGCGACAGCUCAUUUCAGCACCUGACAACAAAGGGAGAGGGACGAUCUCAACCCGAAGCUCUCUUAGCUCCGCUUUCGGACAGCGACGACGUAACGUCACACUCUUCUGACUUUACCACUGAUGAGGAGGAUAAUGACUUUGAACAAAAUGCUUCAAAAUCCUUAAACAAGUCAUCAUUGAAAAGAAAUUCAAAAGAACGUGCAGGUGGGAAACCGUUUGCCUGCACACUUUGUGACAGAGGAUUUUCUCAGAAGAAUCAUUUAGAAGUGCAUAAGCGUUCACAUACUGGAGAAAAGCCUUUUGUUUGCAAUUGCUGUGGUAAAAGAUUCUCCGAGAACAAAAAUUUAAACAGACACGCAAAAACACAUACUGGAGAGAAGCCUUUUACCUGCUCACUUUGCGAUAAAAAGUUUUCUCAGAAGACUGUGUUAGAAACACACACGCGCACACACACUGGUGAAAAGCCGUUUGUCUGCACACUUUGCACCAAAAGAUUUUCUCUGAAGGCUCAUUUAAUAACACAUAUGCGUACACACACUGGAGAAAAGCCUUUUGUCUGCACAUGUUGUGGUCAAAGAUUCGCCGAGAAGAGAAAUUUAAACACACACACAAGAGCACACACUGGAGAAAAGCCUUUCGCCUGCUCCUUAUGUGAGAAAAGAUUUUAUUUUCAGUCUCAUUUGAAUAGUCAUAUGCGUACACACAGUGGGGAUAAGCCAUUUGUCUGCACAUGUUGUGGUAAAAGAUUCACCGAGAAGAGAAAAUUAAACAGACACGCAAGAACACACAAUCGAGAAAAGCCUUUUGUCUGCACAUUUUGUGGUAAAAGAUUCGCCGAGAAGGGAAAUUUAAUCCAACACACAGACACACACAGCGGAGAGAAGCCUUUUGCCUGCUCACUUUGCGAUAAGAGAUUUUCACAGAAGACUAAUAAAGAAAGGCAUAUGUGUACACACACCGGAGAAAAGCGUUUCGUCUGCACAUGUUGUGGUAAAAGUUACACAGAGAAGAGAAAUUUAAACAGACACGCAAAAACACAUAGCUAGGAGCCUUUCACCAGCACGCUUUGUGAGUAAAGAUUUUGUUGGAAGCAUCAGGUGACAAAACAUGCUCAAAAAAGAUUCCGUCAAAAGGGAACUUUAAACGGACAUGCAACAACACAAAAUGGAGAGAAACAUUUUGGCUGCUCACUUUGCUGUCAAAGAUUCACUUGGAAGGGAGAUUUAAUUUCACACUCAAAAAGCCACAUUGGGGAAAAAAAACAUUGAAUUUGCAGUGUUUGACAAGAUAUUCAAAUUCCUGCCACACAUUUACAGUGGAAAAAGCUUUUCAAUUUUCUUAUUCAGUUUGAGUCUCUUUUGAAAAAGUUAUUGAAAUGAUUUUGCAGGUCCUGGUCUUUUUCACAACUCUCCAAGAUUAUUUAUGUUGUUUCUUUUUAAUCGAAUGAAUUGGGUUUUGUUGAGGUUAAAUUACUUCAUGUCAAGCUUAAUCUUCUGUUCUAAUUUAUAUUAUGACUUCUUUCCUGCUACUUUUAUUCUCGCUUUUGUGUCCUCUAUUUGUUGCUUUUGUAAACUGUAAAGUGACCUUGAGAGUCUUGAAGGGCGCUUUGAAAUAAAAUGUAUUAAACUGCU